AUGUAUACGCCACUCGAAGAGAUCCAGCACAAGCAUCAACGUGUUGUUGACAGUUUCCACAAGGGGAAAGCUCAAUCCCUGGACUACCGCAAAGACCAGCUGCGUAAUUUGUAUUUCGCCAUUAAAGAUAACCAGGGCAAAUUGAAAGAGGCGCUUUUCAAGGACCUGCAUAGGCCCCCGCACGAGACAGACGUCCUCGAACUUUUCCUGGUGUACAGCGAGAUAAACGCUGCUCUAUCUCACUUGUCAAAGUGGUCCUCUGACACGAAGCUGUCGGGUGACAAGCGCUUGCUUUUGUCUGGUCCUGUGCUCCGUAAAUCUCCCUACGGAGCCGUUCUGAUCGUCUCGCCCUGGAACUACCCUUACUUGUUAAGUUUGGCGCCCAUCUGUAGUGCAAUUGCUGCCGGCAACACCGUAGUGUUCAAGCCCACCGAGAUUGCCGAGCAUUCCACCAAGGCACUUUGUGAAGUGCUCGAGGCGACCCUCGACCCAGACACUUUUCAGGUCGUGCAGGGAGGACCUGAACAGGCCACUGCCCUGCUUGAACUCAAGUGGGACAAGAUCUUUUUCACGGGGUCUACGCCGGUGGGUAGAAUUGUUGCACAAGCGGCCGCGAAACACCUUACUCCCGUGACUCUUGAGCUUGGUGGUAAGUCCCCCGUCAUUGUUACGAAAACCGCCAAUCUACCCCUGGCCGCUAAACGGAUUGCCUGGGGAAAGUUCACCAAUGCUGGUCAAACUUGUAUUGCUCCUGACUACCUUGUGUUGGAAAAACCCAUUGCUGAAAAGUUCUUGGUCGAGUUUUCCAAUGCCAUCAAGGCGCUGUACGGCGCUGAUUUGACUAAAGACAGCCCCGAUUAUGCCCACAUUGUAAGUGCUAGAUUGUGGGAGCGCCAACAGCGUCUAGUUUCGGAAACCAAGGGCACAAUUAGUUUGCAGCACGGAACGCCAGAUGCCGAGUCCCUAUUUUUCCCACCAACCAUCGUGACCGGGGUUAGUUCCGAUGAUGUCUUGAUGGGCGACGAGCUGUUUGGUCCUAUUCUUCCUGUAAUGACUAUCGACAACAUGAAAGAGGCGCCCAAGCUGAUCCAGAAACACGACUAUCCGCUGGCCCUCUACUUGUUCUCGACCGACUCCACCGAGCAGGAGAACCUGUUGCGCAAUACUCGCUCGGGCGCGGCCAUUGUGAACGACACGUUGAUUCAAGGCGGAUCCUCAGCCGUGCCGUUUGGCGGCGUGGGCACGUCGGGAACGGGCCGCUACCACGGAAAGUUCGGCUUCGACGAGUUCACGCACGAGCGGCCUAUUCUUUAUCAAAGCGAGUUGGCCGAAAUGGCCAUGUCUCUGCGCUACCCGCCGCUUACUGAAUCUAAAAUGAAAAAACUACGGUUCGUGUCUCUGCCCCGCGAGUGGUUCUCGCGCACUGGCCCAGUGCGAGGUCUCGCUGGUCGGCUGUGGGGCUGA